AUGUGUCAAAAACUUUAUUACACUGCCAGACAUCUGACAAGUGUAAUGGAUCAAAAACUUAUGUACGCGUUUAGAGGAUGGAUUGGUUUUGUUGCAUUCAUGGACAUGGCUGAUCCAACAUUACCCAGAGCAUUAGGGUAUUAUUGCAUUUUAAAAGCUUUAGUAUUAACACACUGUACCUUAUUUAUUCAUUAUAAACCAGUCGUCAAUUUGGGUAUUUGCUCUUUAAUAAUGGCAUUAUUUAUGUAUUUAACUGAAGUUUUUUAUUAUCAUUCAACAAGUUUGAAUUUUUACAUAGCUUUUCCUUGUUUAUUAAACAUAUUAACACUUGUCGGUUUAUUAGCAUUACCAAGACAAUUGUGGGAGCCUUUAAUAAUAAACGAGGACGAAAAUGUGGAGCUUUUACGGCAAGCAACUGCAAUCAAACGACGAAGACAUGUAAAAAAAACUAAUUGA